AUGUUUUUGCGCCACACAGCUCGGCAACUGCGCCAGGCCGCGCGCUCGGCGGCGACGUCGUGCCCGAGCCUCGUUGCGCGGCCGUGGUCGAUGCAACCCCGUGUUAGUAUGCGUUGCAUGUCGUCGUCGUCUUCGGCGCCGGCACCCGAAGAGCCCACGAACCCGCUGGCCAAGGCCUUUGAGGACAAGGAGCGCUUCUUCGAUUGGGACCUCGUCGACAUCUUCGCCCAAGAUGUCUCGCUGCUCGGGAAGAUGGCCAUGUUUGUGCAGCUGCACGCUGCCGUGCCCCACGCCAAGACGCCGUUGGACGUGCCGGACUUUAUGGACGGUGCCAAGAGCGCGAUCGAGAUGAUUCUCCGCACCGUGUACACGCCCGCCUUUUUUGCUGCGGCACUGGACCCCGCGGUUGAAAACGACGAA